AUGCUGUCCGCUCGCGCCGCGCCCUCGCUGGUGCGAGCCGCCCGCCUCUGCACUGCCGCGACUCGCCGCGUCACUGCGGACGCGCUCGUGCGGCACGUCGACGUCUCGCCCGUCGCAGAGACGAGCACCGCGUUUGUGGGCCGGUCGGUCGACCUCGGGUGGGGCAGAGUGUACGGCGGCCAGACGAUGGCACAGGCGCUCGCCGCUUGCCAGAAGCUUGUCGGCGGCGACUUCUCCGUCCACCAGCUGAGCUGCCACUUUCUCCGCGGCGGCGACGUGUCGGCUGACAUCCGAUUCGACUGCGAGGUGCUCUCCCACGGUCGCUCCUUCUCCGCCAUCGCCGUGCGGGCGUCGCAGGAGGGCGCGCCGAUCCUCGCCAUGACGGCGAGCUUCCAGCGAGCCGAGCGAGGCCUCGAGCACCAGGACGGCCUUGGCCCGCUCGCUCGUGGCCUCCCGGCGCCGGAGGAUCUUCGCGCGCCGGAGGAUCUUCCGACCCUCGCCGACCGCUUCGCGCCGCACCUGGCAAAGGUGCCGCCGCGGCUGCGGCAGCUGUACAGCGCCGAGGCCAACCCGCUCGACCUGCGGCCUUGCGAGUUUGUGGCGCCCUGGGACGAGAGCGUGCGCGCGCCGCGGCAGGCGGUGUGGGCCGUCCACCAGCGGCUGCUCACCUACUUCACGGACUGGGCGCUGCUCGGCACCGCACUGCAGCCCCACCCGACGGCGAUGUGGAGGCGAGAGCUGCAGGCCGCCUCGUUGUCGCACUCGGUCACCUUCCACCGCCCCUUCCGGAUGGACGCGUGGCUCUGCCACGUCAUGCGCUCGCCCUCCGCCUCGGGCGGCCGCGGCUUCGCGCUGGGCGAGGUGUGGAGCGAGGACGGCCGCCUCGUCGCCUCCACCUCCCAGGAGGGGCUGAUGAGAGUCCGCAGCACCGAGCGCGACCGGCCUGCGGGAUGA